AACCAACAGCAGACACGUCUUAGAUAACACGCCCAUUUUCUUUCAACAAACCGAUUAAAGGGUGUUUCUGCCCAGAGUAGAGAAAUAGACGUAUUGUAAGCAAUUGGUUGUCGAUACGAUAACACUAUUUCCUCAAUCAUGACAGAGUUUGAGGAUGAUGCAGCUAUCGACUUACCCCAUGAGAGAAGUUUUCUAGAUGCAACUAAAUUUCUGGAGCAGAACACUAACCUUUUCGAGCAACAGCAAUUACUACAGCUGUAUGGACUGUACAAACAAGCUACUGUUGGUCCAUGCAAUAUUCCAAAACCCGGCAUUUUCAAUGUGCAGGCCCGAGCAAAAUGGUUUUCAUGGAGUGGCCUAAAGCAGUUAGAUCAAGAUUCAGCAAAGAAAAACUAUGUGCAGCUGAUGGACAAGCUACAGCCAGAGUGGAAUAAAGUGCAACCCAAUGCAUCGUCGAGCUCAUGGGUUUCUGUUUCACUUCCUAAGCGCGAAGAAGAAAAACCGGAAGGACCCAAUUCCCUUCUCGAUUACAUCAAGGAAGGCAACGCCUGUGGGGUCCAAAAGGUGAUCGAGUCUGGCAAAUACAACCAGCAAUUAAACAUGUUGGAUGAUGACGGCCUAGGAUUCAUACAUUGGGCUGCAGAUCGUGGAAAUGCAGAAAUUCUGCGAUGUUUACUGAAUUCGAUAGGAAUUGAUGUUAAUCUUCAGGAUUGCGAAGGGCAAACUGCACUUCAUUUCGCUUCUAGCUGCGGAAACAUAGAAUGCAUUCAGCUGCUUUUGUCUCAUAACGCAGAUCAAACUAUUAAAGAUGAGAAUGGCUUGUCUUGCCUUGACGUUGCUUUCAAUGAAAAAAUAAAAAGUCUUCUUUAUUAACCUAA